GCGGCGAUAUUUUUGUUGUACGGGUGUGCCACAAGUUGCUCUGCAGUUUCUUUGAGACACCUGCCCGGCAGUUUACAAAAAAAAAAAAAGGUGAGCGGAAUGGAUCGCCGUCGGGUCGGUCUGACCCUCGUGCUGUUGUUACUGGCGGACUCGGCAAAUGGCCAAGACACUCCGGCAUGUGGAGGUUUGCUGUCGGCUCCCCCCGGAGGUACUGUGACAUCACCAAACUACCCCGGUAACUACCCCAACUCUGCAAACUGUCAGUGGACGAUCACCGUGCCAGAAGGAAGCCUAGUUCUUCUCACGUUUGACAGCUUCCAAACUCAACAAUAUACGGACACCUUAAGCAUUUACAAUGGAGGCAGUGACAGUGCUCCAGAACUGCAGAGCAUUUCAGGUGACACCAUACCAGGCCCCAUCACCGGUACAACUAAUCAGAUGUUCCUGACCUUUACACCUCGCGGGUCUUCUACGGCUCAGGGGUUCCGGUUCUCCUACACAGCCACAGACACUCCGGCAUGUGGAGGUUUGCUGUCGGCUCCCCUUGGAGGUACUGUGACAUCACCGAACUACCCCGAUAACUACCCCAACUAUGCGACUUGUCACUGGACGAUCACCGUGCCAGAAGGACGCCUAGUUCUUCUCACGUUUGACAGCUUCCAAACUGAAAGUUUUACGGACUAUGUUCACAUUUACAAUGGAGGCAGUGACAGUGCUCUACUACUGCAGAGGUUUACAGGUAACACCAUACCAGGCCCCAUCACCGGUACAACUAAUCAGAUGUUCCUGAGGUUUACAUCUGACGGGUCUUUUACGUAUCCGGGGUUCCGGUUCUCCUACACAGCCACAGACACUCCGGCAUGUGGAGGUUUGCUGUCGGCUCCCCCUGGAGGUACUGUGACAUCACCGAACUACCCCGAUAACUACCCCAACUAUGCGACUUGUCACUGGACGAUCACCGUGCCAGAAGGACGCCUAGUUCUUCUCACGUUUGACGCUAGCGUCCAGAUUGAGAGCCGAAAUGAUUUCUUACGCAUAUUCGAUGGAGACAUUGACAGUCAUCUACGAUCGUGGAGCUUCUCUGGUGAAUUCAUACCAGACCCCAUCAUCAGCACAUCUAAUCAGAUGCUCCUGCUUUUUACAUCUGACGAUUCUGAAGCGUAUUCGGGGUUCCAGGCCUCCUACACAGCGGCAGUUGAUAGAUGUGCUGAUGGAUCCCACAACUGCGGCCCUCAAGAAACCUGUUACAACACUGCCGACAGUUUCACUUGCACCGUUUGUCAGGAUCCGCUGGGGAUGCAGUCUGGUGCCAUACCUGAUGGCAGCAUCACUGCAUCUUCGUCUUUCUCCGGCCAGAAAUACCAGCCCUCUACGGCCCGGCUUGACGGAGCAUACGGCUGGGGAACCUCAAAUUCAGCAGUUGAAGAGUGGUUACAGGUUGAUUUAGGAGAGAUAAAGAAAGUCACCGGCACCAUUACGCAGGGAGUCGUCGGUGGAGUUUGGGUGAAAUCAUACAAACUCCAGCACAGCACGGAUGGGGCCAGCUGGACAACAUACGCCAACAGUGAAGGCACAGAGAAGGUUUUCAUAGGCAACACGGACUAUUACACACCUGUAACAAACUUACUGGACAACGCCGUUGAAGCCCGUUAUGUUCGCUUUCUGCCUCAGACCUGGCAACAUUACAUGUCCAUGCGGGCAGAAAUCUUAGGAUGCAACAUCCGUGUAGAUGAAUGUGCAGAUGGAAACAACAACUGCAGCCCCCAAGCCACCUGCUCGGACACACCCGAAAGCUUCACAUGCACUUGUAAUCCUGGGUACAUUGGCAACGGUGUCACCUGUACGGCUUGCUCCGCUCUCUACCCUGGACUCAACCCUUCCCACAACUUCGGCGUGUAUCAGAACCAGUGCUUCUGGUCCGGCUCCUUCCGUACUCCACGGCUGAACUACAUGGCGGCCAAACAAGCCUGCCAGGAUGAGGGCGGCACUCUGGCCAUGAUUAAGGACGAAGCAACCCAAACCUUCCUGCGUGCCCAUCUGAGGAGCACCAGCGGCCAUAGACAGAGAUGCAGUGGAGUCUGGUCAGCUUUUUGCAGCAUCAGCAACCUUUGA